UUAUAACGGAUAUAUAAUUUGUGACAUGAUUAAAAAGUAGUAAAAUCGUUUCAAAUUAGUGAAAUUAUUGGUAGUUAAACAAAUAACAAUGAAUAAAUUUAGUGAUUAAUUAGUUAAAAAAAAAUAUCUUGCUGAUCUUUUGUCAAGUGACGAGGAAAAAUAUUAUCAGAGCAGUCCAGAUAUGUUCGAUAGCUUUAGUACCUGUGACGAAGUUCUGAGUCGUCAUAAAUCUGGAUUGAGUUUAGAAGAAUUUAGUGAAAAAAUUGAUAAUGCCAGUGCAUCUACUUCUACUCAAAAAAUUUCAUCCUGGUCUCAGUACUCGAAUAGUGGAAUAAAUCUCAUUAUCCCAGAAACCGAUGAUGAUGAUGAUAAUAAUAAUGACGAUAAGAAUAAGAAUCAGGAAGAUGCUUCACCACUCGCACCUGUUCACACCACUCACACGAAUUCUUCUGAACGAUUUGACGUUGGUUCUCACAAUACUGGUCAUUCAUCUGCUGAUAAAAAUCAGAUUGAAAUUGAUGACAGUACUACAGCUGCUUCUAAAGAAUCUGACGUCAAUUCUCAACAUGAUGAUUUUUCGUCUGCUGAUGAUGAGAUUGAAAUUGAUGACAGUACUACAGUUGCUUCUGAAGAAUCUGACGUCAAUUCUCAACAUGAUGAUUUUUCGUCUGCUGAUGAUGAGAUUGAAAUUGAUGACAGUACUACAGUUGCUUCUGAAGAAUCUGACGUCAAUUCUCAACAAAACCAUGUUUCGUCUGUUGACGAAGAUGAGAAUAUUGGAGUUGAAAAACGGACUCGUCGAAAGAGGCCCAAGCCUCAUGAGUGAGUGAGGAGUAAGCGUAAAGCUAACCGUAAUCUUGGACUGGAAUAUACUACAGCAAAGGGAAAAUUACAACCGGCUAAGAAAAUGCGUUCCUCAUGUCAGUGCAAAAUGAAUUAAGAGUUUAGUAUGAGUGAAGAUCAGCGAAAAAUAAUUUUCGACGAAUUUUGGAAGCUAGGUGACGUUAAUCAGCAACGUGAGUUAAUUGGAAAAUUACUCAUCGUAGAAACUAAUGCAGUCACCAGCUCAAGACGCAAGUAUGUAAAUUAAAAUUUUUUAAUUAUUCUUGUUCGGUAGAUUUCACGAAAAUCAUUCUAUCUAUAAUUUGACCGAUAAAACAUUUAUGGAAAGAUUUUUAGUAAUUUUAUUAAAAAUUAAUUGUAAUUGUUACUUUUUUCACGAAAGACUUAAGAUUUUAUUGUUUGAUACAAUGUUUUUAACAAUUAAUAAGAUUUAAAUCUACCUUCCAUCUUAGGUGAGGCCAAGUGAGGCUUUUCUUGUCUAUGUAUAGAUUGUUCAUUUAAUUUUAUAUUGUUAUUUGCAGGAAUAAAAUAACUUAUAGGUUCAAGGUCAAUGACGCCUACAUAGUAGUAUGUAAAAGUUUUUUUUUUUUUGAAAACCUUGGACAUUUCCGAAAAAAAAAUUCGUGUUAUAAUAUCUAAAGAAAAACGUAGUACCAGUGGAUCUUUAUCACCAGACCAUCGUGGAGAAAAUCGACUAACGAAUAAGUUGUCAGAUGAUGAUAUUCAAAUUAUCCGUCACCAUCUAUCUUUGUAGCCGAAGGUACCGGCACACUGGUGUCGAAGAGAUAGCAUAAAAACAUAUCUUGAAGGUUUUUCUUCAAAAAGAUCAGUGUACGACCUAUACAUUUCUUAUGCUAUUGAAAAUGGAUAUCGCCAGGUAUCUGAUGCAAGUUAUUAUAAACAACUGGAAAAGAUGAAUAUCGGUUUUCAUCAACCGCGUAAAGACCAGUGUUGGUGUGCUCGUUUUUGUAAUUUAACAGACGAAGAAAAAGCGGAACAACAAGAUAAAUAUGAUCUACAUAUUCAGAGGAAGGAUGCAGCUCGUGAUCAUAAAAAAAUCGAUACAGAGACAGCCAAACAGUCAACUACUGUUAUUACAGCUGUUUUUGACUUGGAGGCUACUUUGUAUGCUCCGUUUUUUAAAACCAAGGAUCUCUUCUAUCACCGAAAAUUAGCUAUCCAUAAUUUUACGAUUUUUGACGUCGGUAAAAAUGAGGGUAAGUUGAUAAACAAAAAAUUUUUCUUGAACCAACAAAAUUUUUUUCUUACUCCAAAACGACUUAGGUUUUUUGACAGAUUUUUGUGGCUCAAGCGAAUCCAUUUAGUAGAUUUCAUGGAAAUUUAACUAUUGUAUUUGUUCUCAUGCCGCAACUUCUAAAUAUUUAGUCAUAAUCGGACUGAGCUUGACAAGAUUUCCAUUCAUGUAUUAAUGUGAAUAUACAAAUUUUAUUUAAGGAUAUUGCUACAUUUGGUCGGACUACGAUGGAAGAAAAGGCUCGCAAGAAAUCUCCACAUGCUUAUCCAAAUUAAUCAACGAUGAAGUUCCUGCUGGAAUGGCAACAUUAAACUUGUAUGCUGAUAACUGUGCUGGGCAAAAUAAAAAUUCUAUUGUUGUCGCUAUGUUAGGUGUGACGAUUCAUGAACAUCCGAUUCUUCAAGAAAUUAAUUUGAAGUUUUUGGAAGCUGGACACACCUACAUGGAGUGCGAUACAAUGCACUCAGUCAUUGAACGCGCGUCUCGUGGUACUUCUAUAUAUGCGCCUACCGAUUGGGUGAAAAUAAUUCGACAAGCCAAAACAACUGGCAAACAGUACCAUGUUUAUGAAAUGUCACAUGAUAAAUUUAUUAAUUAUAAAGAAUUGAAAAACUCGGUAAGAAUACAAUCAAUCCUGUGCUAUUUCUGACUUUUUUAGUCGUUGCUGAUAAUUGUUCAUGAUAUCAUAGUUAUUACAUGCAAAAAAAAACUCAGAUAGUGAAAAAAGGAUUUAAUAUGUAAAAAGAGGACUAAGCAUCUAUCUUUUACUGUCUUUUACUUUUUUUUGCUUUGAAAUAAUUUUUUUACAGUUCUCUGCACCCAAUAUACGUUACAGUGACAACUCCAAAAUCGGUUGGAAAUCUGGAAAAUGGUUCCAGACAACACGUAAAAAUACUCGGUACCGCUUAUACUUUUAAUUAACUUGGUUUGAAAAAUACAUGACUUAUAGUAAAAUACUUCAGAAAGCAUUUAACUCAGGCACUUCGAAUUUCCAAACUGUUUCAUUCUUAUAAAUUUUUUUAUUUCAUUACAGAUCUGUAUUGAUUAAAAAAGAAUAUUGGAAAUCUUUCAAAACUGUGAUUUUGAGAAGAUCAUUCAAAAGACCUAUCGAUCUCGAACAUCUAUAUGAUGAAAAAUUAACAAUAUCAACAGCAAAGUAUAAUGAUUUGCAAUACUUUUGUUCAUCAGGAACCAUUUCGAGGAAAUAUCACCAUUUCUACCAAAACUUAGUUCAUGGUAUCAAACUCUAUGCACAGUUUGUCUAUUGCUUUUUACAAGAAGAGAUUCAAAAAGAUUCAUUCCAUAAAAAUUUUACAUAUAUGUUGUGUGAAUUUGAAUUUUUUUUUUUCUGAUAUUAUUUUAUAAGCUAUUUUUGUGUUUCAGUAAACGAUGUAGAAGAUAUGGAGCAAGAGGGUAUGGGAACUGUACCAAAAUGGGCCCGAUGUUUUUUUUAAUUAAACAUUAUAAUUUUCUGAUAAUUAUUCAUGUUUUCAAAUUUUAUAAUAAUUAUUUCUUAAAAUAAAAAGCGAGUGUUUAUUUAAACUACGAAUUUAUUUAACUACGAGUUUAUUUAAACUAGGAAUAUGUUCUUUUGUGAGCUGGCCAAAAAAAAAAUGAUACACCUUUUCACCUUUAGAUCACCAAAAUUUCGAAUUCUUAAAAGUAAAAGGGCGCAUAAUUAAAGACAUAUGCCCUUUUACCUUUCAAUUUUUUUUUUUUUCAAUUUUAAGCGUAGAAUGUGUCUACUACUCGAUUGGCAAUAAAAAAAAAAUAUGCGCCCUUUUACCUUUGCAAAGGUAAAAGGGCACAUAAAUUGUUAUAAGCCCUUUUACCUUUAAGCACGCGAAUGAAUAUACACCCACAGUUGAUGAGCCAGAGCUUCCUAAUGAUGUGUGUACUACUGAUGAAAAAAGUUUAAGUAAUGAAUACAAAUUAUGAGCUGUUGAAUAUUGGCGGAGUGGAAAGAAGAAAAAUUUGAGUGUCAACUCAGUCCAACAAAAGUUUAGAAAAGUUUAAUCAGUACGACAGUUGAGGCGGUGGGCACAUGAGAUAAAUCAAGGUGGAACAUAUAGGAAAAAAAGUAGCUAAAAUUUGUGCUUUCACAUUAGAAAAUUUUAAAGCUGCUGUAGACGCAGGCAUGAUAGUUUUUGAUACUGAUUUACAAAAAUGGGCUUUACAAGCUAAAAAGGCAAUCGGGUUUGAAAAUGUUAGUUUUACAGCGUCUAAAAAGUGGUUAACAUCAUUUAAAAGAGCUCAUCGUAUAGUAUCGAGAAAAAUUAAGAAAUUUAUAACAUCAAAAACUAUUGAAGAUAAAAGAACAUUACCAGAAAAAUCGGGAGAAUUUGUUGAUGGUGUGAGAAAAGAAAUUGAAUCUUAUGGUUUAUCAAAUACGUUCAAUUCCGACCAAAUUGGAUUUCAGUUAGAGAUGCAUUGAGGAAGAACUUUAGCAGUAGAAGGUGAAAGACAGGUUGAAUGUCUGGUACAAUCCAUUUCAUCUACAACACACAGUUAUACUAUACAAUCAACAAUAUCUGCAGACGGAAAUCUUCUUUCUCCAGUUUUCAUGGUUUUAAAAGAGCCAAGUGGCAAAUUUGGUCCAAUAGUUGAAUCAAAGCUUUUUAGGGCAGACAACGUAUAUGUAGUUGCAUCAAAAUCUGGAAAACUUACUUCAGGUACAUUAAGUAUAAUGUUAUUCUAUAAAUAUAAUAUUUUUGAAUUUUGCGUUGAAUAAUAUCUAUAUUUCUUUUAUUCAGAUCACUUUAAAACUUGGCUAAGGCAUGUAUUUUUUCCGAACGUUGGUCCUAAAAGUUUACUAUUAGUCGAUUCAUGGACUGGACACUGUCCAGCCACUGUAAGUGCUGUCAAACCAUCUGACAAGGAUGUAAAAGUAAAAGUUAUACCUAAAAAAACGACUGGAAAUAUUCGACCGCGAUGUUUUCGAAUUUGGAAUGUGGAAAAAUUUUGUAAAACACUUUUCUGACAAUGUUACUUUGAUGGGUGAUAAUUUGAAUUUACACUUGAAAAAUAACAUCAUCAAAUUACAGUCACUUACUCAUA